UAUUCCAGGAAGUAUCCGGCUGGUACCUUAUCAACGAGCUCAAGCUAACCAACGCGACAUGAGGACACCAUGCUCAAAAGCCAAAUGAUUUCACAUUGUUAAACAGCAUGUAUUCAUCAAGAAUUCCGGUCGUUGUUUUAUUCUUGUAUUGUGUUUUCCUCGUGGUCUCAGGCGUUCAGAGGCUGACACUAACCCCUGACCAAGGCACCGCCCUCAACAUAAGCAACCAGGUCAAAGGGUCGCAAUGCAAAGUGUGCUUAGGGGCGAGGUGCAGGUUCGACACAUCUCUGUUGUUAAAAGAAAACACCCCUUCCGUGGUGGAAUUUGAUUGCCCCCGACCUGAAGAUGUAUUUAAAGUGGAGAUAAUUAGAAAUAUAGAAUGUACAGCAAGGUCGUGCAUCAGCGACAUCAUGCAGACGGACUCAGACUCCUCUACGCAGCUGGAGUUCCACCGCACAUUUACUUGGAACCUGAAAGCCUCAGCACCGAAAGCGAUCCAAGUGGACUUCACUAAAGGGGGUCUGAGACAAAUAAGUCCAUCUGCGAACUGUCCAGACAGACACACCUACACCCUAAAGGCCUUCCAGGUGUCAGGGAUUGUUGUCAUUGGGAAAUACUGCAGAGGAGGCCCAAUCAGUGCUACUCAGAUAUUGAAUGAGGGCAGCUUCUCUCUGGAUGUUCCAUCAAGACUGAAGGUGCAAAGGGACCAGUUUGGUGUGUCUGUUGGGGAGGAAAUUAAAUCCCUCGCCAAAAUCACAGUGUCUUUGCCACACCGGAGCUCUUCCAUCGAGUUGCUCUCUCCAAACUUCCCGGAGAGCUUCCCUGAUGACGACGUGAUGGAGUGGCACUUUCACAUCGAGGCGAAAUAUAAGGCGACUAUUGAGUUCCUAAACAUCACACAGCCGCGUUGUCUAAAGAAGGAAACGGCGGCAGAGUAUCACAGUAAAGGCAGGCAGGCGCUGGUGCUAGGUCUAACAGACACCCAGCCGGUCAUAAAUCAGGGGGACAACUCUUUGACUCUGAGAAACUGUGAGAUGGACAGAAGACGAGCUGGUUCUCCAGGACUGUCCCUGAAACUCAAUGUGUCCUCUUUCAAGGCGAGUUCACCAGUGUUGUGUUAUGUCGACCUGAGGAAGUUGAAGGUCCUUUCUCUUCACUUGGAAAGGUUGAGGUCGGCAUCUGAAUGUGAGAUGAAGAUGAACUCUACGACGAUGGAGAAUAUCACAGUCUCAUCUGGAAGCGUUACUCAGCUGUCUUUCCAGGACUGUCUUCGCCAAGACGUGCUCGUCACCGCCAGUGGAGUCAUCGGUUGUACCCAAUUUCAGGACUGCCCGAAGUUUCCAGUUCCUCUUUCAGUGCCUUCGCUGCCGAAAUGCCUCCCAGCCCCUCUCAGCGCUGUGACCUGGGCCCUCCGCCCUCCUCUGCAUGGCACUGUGGAGCUAAAGUCUUUAAUCGGACCCCUGCAGCAGCACCUCCCUGAGCAGCCAUGCAACGACAGCCUCAUCACACUGAUCGAAGAUGACAAAACUACUGUAGCCCGUUUAUGUCCUCAGGGGGCCAUUCAGAAGGUCCAAAUCCACACCAACAUAUCUGUCACUGUGACCAGAAGGAAGGGCCAAGCACUGACCCCUACUGUGAAGCCUAUGUUGAUGGCCAGUUUGAAAGAGGAGAUAGCAGAAAGAUACAUAUUCACCGUAUUCCCCCAAAAAAACACGCCCAUUCUUUUGGCGACGCCUGGUUGGCCAGCUGGGAUGGAGUCCUACGCCACCGUCUCCUGGAUCGUCUCGCUUCCCCCUAAGACGGAGGUGCACUUGAUGUUCGUCAACCUUAGCCAGCCCAAAUGCGCCAACCGCCACACCAACAUCCGAGUGCAGAGGAUGGACAGUCUAGAGGAGGACUAUAGUCGCAGGGAGGAUGAGGAGGCUGAGGAGGUCAGCGUUUCCGAGAACUUCUACCUAAACAUGUCCAACUGCAUGCCUGAGAGAGGAGACUUUAAGGUCAUCACAAAGCUGACCCUCAGGAAAAGCACAAACAUGUUGUUGGUUACCAUCGCUAGUGUGGUCGCGGCUCUGGUGCUGCUUUUCAUCAUCGUGUUGGUGGUGGUCUGUUUCGUUAUCAAGAAGAAGAAAAAGAAGCUUGAACAUCAGGUGUCCAUCUACAAUCCCAAUGGAACCAAUUUCCAACCGGGACGCAAUGGCUUCCCAAAAUCUCGCGAGGACAACGAGUCCCAUGUGUACGCCUCCAUUGAGGACACGCUGGUUUACACCCACUUGCUUAGAAAGGGGGCAGAGAUGGGCGUGUACACAGAGUCGGACACCUACCGGCCCGUCACGGGCCAAACGGAAACACACAAGCUGCCGGUGUCUAAAGAUGGCGGCAACAUGGAGGUGGGAGUUUACCAGGAGUAUCCUUUGUCACAGCAACAGGCUCCCCCGCUUCCCAAAAGGCCCCCGAGCCACACCUUUGUGGACAAUGUAAUUUACCAGUCCCAACCCUCGCUGGAGGAGCAUUCCAAUGAGAUAGGGCCACGACUGGAACCAGAGGGAGGCAACUGAUUGGACGCAGCUUUAGCUUUCGGAGAUGUUGUGAUUACUUGCUGCUCAGCCUCACAAGACGUCCUCUUUUUUUUUUCCUCUGCUGCCAAAUUUAGACACACAAACUACGCAUGUCCAGGCCUGCAUGUGCUUGUUGCCUUCAUUUUUUUUUAUCUUGGAUGGCGGAACUUCUCUUGGGAAAGCAGAACUGAAUCACCCUUUUGUACUUUUGACCAAUGGAAAAACAAGGACUUUUUUUUCCAUUUUGUACAAAUGGAGAUUAUUCAAGGGAAAACAACGUCCUGUAUGUUAUUUAAAUGCCUUUUAUCCACUUUUACCAAUAAAGUGGUAAGAGAUGCUUCCAUUCACACAAUGGUUAUCCUUUUUUAGUGGUGGUCUAAAAUAAACUUUACAUAGACACAUACUGUUUUAAAUCACCACUGUUUGUUCCAAUGACAACAUUUCUUUAGCAUAAUUAAGUGACUUUGGUAAACAUACAUAUAAUAAAUGAUUAAAAACCUGAGCAAAAGCUAAAGGGGCCUAUUAAGGCUAACAAAAAAUAUGUUUUUAAAUAAACAUAGAUUGUAUGCGUCAAACUUUGAGGUCCAGUGACUUCAAAAUGAUUCAACUGUCUUGUUUGAGUGUUUCUUUAUUUUGUAAUGACACUGAUGUCAAAGUACUGUAACAUUUCCGCAGGGGGGUCUCGCACUAUUGAAGCUAAAACAGCCACUGGCCUGUGGAUUUGAUGUGCAGUUUUAAUUCAAGACCUUUCUAAAAAAUAUGGCAUAUGUCCUUACAUUUUUACAACGGCCAUACUGUAUUAGUAAAUACUGUGUAACAUAUUUUUCGAAAGUAUCCUAUUAUGCAAAAACUUUUAAUCUAAUUGAAAAAUCAGCAUUUCUUAUCUAAAUUAAUUGCAAUCAAUGUGAUUGCUGCAUGCCCCUCCCCUAAAACCGCAACAUUUUAUGAUGUAACAUACCUUUUGUAAAUUAAAAAAAAAUUGUGAGAUAAGGAAUAUUGUGUAAAAUGUAACAAGACUUAGAGGGCUCAUGUCAACUCAAGACUUAGAAAAACGUGUACAUGCCUUUAUUACCAGUAGGCUAGACCAGUGAUUUUCAACCUUUUUUGAGCCAAGGCACAUUUUUCGUGUUGACAAAAUCCGGAGUCACACCACCAGCAGAAAUCGUCUAUUUAUAUAUAAACAACGAAACUCAGUUGACAGUAAAAAGUCGCUGUCGUAAUUGUUGGAUAUGACUUUAAACCAUAAACAAGCAUGCAUCAAUAUAGCUCUUGUCUCAAAGUAGGUGUACUGUCACCACCUGUCACAUCACGCCGUGACUUAUUUGGAGUUUUUUGCUGAUUUCAUGUGUUUAGUGUUUUAGUUCUUGUCUUUGGUGGCUUUUUCUCUUUUUUUGGUAUUUUCCUGUAGCUUUUUCAUGUCUUCCACUUUGAGUCUGCCUUGUGUAUGAAAAGUGCUAUACAAAUAAAGUUGCCUUGCCUUGCCUAAAAACAAUACAAUAUAAUUUACAACUCACUACUACAGACAUUUUAUGAAUUAAUGUAAUAAUAAUCAUUUACUUUGGAGAGCAGACUUCUACUAUAUCUCCUUCU